AUGGACUCGAUUAAGGAGACCUUUGCCAGGUGCAAGGAGCAACGGCGCGCCGCUUUGGUCGCAUAUAUUACUGCUGGAUACCCCACUACUGAAGAGGCUGUUGAUAUCCUGCUUGGAUUGGAGAAUGGAGGUGCCGAUAUUAUUGAACUCGGUAUCCCUUUCACAGAUCCCAUUGCAGAUGGUCCCACUAUUCAAAAGGCCAAUACCAAGGCCCUCGAGAACGGAGUUACUGUCACCACAGUCCUUGAGCUCGUCCGCACUGCCCGAAGCCGAGGCUUGAAGGCCCCGAUCAUGCUCAUGGGUUACUACAAUCCGGUGCUGCGUUAUGGCGAGGAGCGUAUGCUCCAGGACUGCAAGAAGGCCGGUGUCAAUGGCUUCAUCAUGGUUGAUUUGCCACCAGAGGAGGCCGUUCGCUUCCGUGACCUUUGCGCUAGCACUGGUCUUUCUUACGUCCCUCUGAUCGCCCCUGCAACCUCCGAGUCUCGCAUGAAGCUUUUGUGCAAGAUUGCCGACUCCUUCAUCUACGUCGUUUCCCGUAUGGGUGUCACUGGUGCUACCGGCACGUUGAGCGCCAACAUUCCUGAGCUCCUGAAGCGCGUUCAUGAAUACUCUGGUAACGUCCCCGCUGCUCUUGGAUUUGGCGUUAGCACUCGUGAGCACUUCCUGGCUGUUCAGGACACUGCCGAGGGUGUCGUCAUUGGCAGUCAGAUCAUCACUGUUGUUGGUAAUGCUCCUGCCGGUCAGGCCGCCAAGGCUGCUGAGGAAUACCUCUCUAGCGUUACUGGUCGUAAGCGUGAGCGUGAUUCUCAGGGUUCUCUGACACAUGAGAUCAACAUCAUUGAAGCUGUGCAAAAGGCCCUGCCUGAUGCCGAGUCUGCCCCUACCAAGGUUAUCACCGAGGCUGACACCCCCGCCGGCCCUGGCCUCGGAGAUCAAUUGGAAGCCUUGAAUGUUACUAAGGACCCCUCUGCACAGCCAUCCCGCUUCGGCGAGUUCGGUGGUCAAUAUGUCCCCGAGUCCCUUAUGGACUGCUUGGCCGAGCUCGAGAAGGGCUUCGAUAUUGCCCGCAACGACCCCAAGUUCUGGGAGGAGUUCCGCUCAUACUAUCCUUACAUGGGCCGCCCUAGCAGCCUUCAUCUUGCCCAGCGCCUGACUGACCAUGUCGGUGGUGCCAAUAUCUGGUUGAAGCGUGAGGAUCUGAACCACACCGGUAGCCACAAGAUCAACAAUGCCCUUGGUCAAAUUCUCAUUGCUCGCCGUCUGGGCAAGACCCAAAUUAUUGCCGAGACCGGUGCUGGCCAGCACGGUGUCGCCACUGCCACCGUUUGCGCCAAGUUUGGUAUGAAGUGUACCGUCUAUAUGGGUGCCGAGGACGUCCGUCGCCAGGCCCUUAAUGUGUUCCGUAUGAAGCUACUCGGUGCUUCCGUCGUUGCUGUUGAUGCUGGUAGCCGUACUCUUCGUGAUGCCGUUAACGAGGCUCUCCGCGCCUGGGUUGUCGAACUUGACUCUACACACUACAUCAUCGGUUCUGCUAUCGGCCCUCACCCAUUCCCCACUAUUGUCCGCACUUUCCAGUCUGUCAUCGGCGAAGAGACCAAGCAACAGAUGAAGGAUGCUAUCGGCAAGCUCCCCGACGCAGUUGUCGCGUGCGUUGGCGGUGGCAGCAACGCCGUCGGUAUGUUCUACCCUUUCGCCAACGAUCACAGCGUCAAGCUCGUUGGUGUCGAGGCUGGCGGUGAUGGUGUCGAUACUCCCCGCCACUCCGCUACCUUGUCCGGUGGCUCUAAGGGUGUCCUCCACGGUGUCCGCACCUACGUCCUCCAGAACGAACAUGGCCAGAUCUCCGAGACUCACUCUAUCUCCGCUGGUCUGGACUACCCCGGUGUCGGUCCUGAACUGAGCGCCUGGAAGGAUGCUGAUCGUGCCACCUUCAUCGCUGCCGACGACAGCCAGGCUCUUGCUGGUUUCCGCGCCCUCGCCCAGCACGAGGGUAUUAUCCCUGCUUUGGAAUCUUCCCAUGCUGUCUGGGGCUGCAUGCAGAUUGCCAAGACCAUGAAGAAGGGUGAGAACAUUGUUCUCAACCUGAGUGGUCGCGGUGAUAAGGAUGUCCAGAGCGUUGCCGAUGAGCUGCCCCGUCUGGGUCCUAAGAUCGGCUGGGACCUGCGUUUCUAA